GUGGUGUGGGGCGGGCGGGGCCGCGGCUGUCACGUGAUGUUUGGGUGCCGGCGGUGACGGGCGCGCGGCGGCAGAGACAACACUGCUGAGCUGGGCCUGUGCUCUGUUGGGUUUUUGCUGCGCAGUGCUGAACGAGCAGCUCCACAACACAAGGGAGUAAAAUUACGGAUUAAAAGAAAGUCUAAGACCGGGGGAGCAGAACGAAGGAAGCAGUUGGUUUGAAGUGUAAUCUCACAUCCAUCACUAUCUAGAAAAUGUCUUAUGGAUCCAUUGAUGGGAGUGGAUUUGGGAGCAGGAACCCAUUUGGAGGCCCUUCGAGACAAGGCUAUCAACCUCUCGCCACCCAGAUUGAUCCCAGCGAACUGCAGGAGCUUUUUCAGGAGACUUCAGCCAACGUGUUCCGAAUUAACUCCAAUGUGACCUCUCUGGAAAGAAGUCUUCGAUCUCUGGGGACCUCAAACGAUACUCAAGAGCUGCAGGAUGGACUGCAUGCGACCCAGCAGGAGACUAAUAAAACCAUCACCACCAGCACCAAAGCCAUCAAGCAGCUGUCUGAGAUUGUCAGAGGCUCAUCCAGGCAAGAGAGGCUCCAGCUGGACAGGCUGAAGAACCAGCUGUCGGAUGCCAUCCAGAGAUACGGAGCUGUGCAGAAGAAAAUAGCAGAAAAAUCCAAAGCUUUGCUUCCCACUGGGCAGAGAAGCACCAAACAGCAGAGCCCCAAGACCCCCUUCUCUGACCUACCUGAUGAUGAGAAGAUCUUUAAUGGGGGAGAUGCCACGUGGCAGAACCAGAGCCAGGACCAAGCCUUGCUCUCGGAAAUCACGGAGGAGGAUCUGGAGGCCAUUCGGCAGCGGGAAGAGGCCAUUCAGCAGAUUGAGAGUGACAUGUUGGAUGUGAACCAGAUCAUUAAAGACCUGGCCUCCAUGGUGCAUGAGCAAGGAGAUGCAAUAGAUAGUAUUGAAGCCAACAUUGAGACGGCGUCUUCUAACGUAGACUCAGCCAAUGAGCAGUUGGCAAAAGCCAGUCAGCACCAACUACGAGCCAGGAAGAUGAAGUGCUGCCUCCUCUCCAUCGCCUUGGCUGUUCUGGUGCUCAUUGUCAUCAUCAUCGCGGUCUCUGUCAAGCGCUGAGCUGGUUGUGGUUUACACAGAGCCUGUGAUCCCCCUGGGAAGCUGGAAUGGAUUCUCCAGGCAUUGCACAUUCAGGCCCUGUGUCCAUGUCUGCGUUACUGACACGUCCCAUCGAACCUGCUACACCAACAAACACAAAUUGUAUGAAAAAAGAGCUAAAUUUCAUACUGUGUGUUGGUACCAUUUUGAAUAAUUUUGCCUAUUUCUUUUCCCCUUCGUUGUAGACAUGUUUUACCUCAGAUUUUAAUUGCGUCCCCUGUGUCUGGGGAAUGCUAUUCCUCUGCCUUCAGAUUUGCUAUACAAUGUGCUGUAAGAUAAGUAGCUUUUAAUUCAUCUCCAUUGUUUGUGUUUUUAACCUGCUCCUGAUCUCCAGUUCUGCUCAUUUAAAACCAUGAAAGUCAAA